AUGAUGGCCAGACCAUACUAUAUGGUAGUGGCCCUACUGUUGCUGGCAGAGUUCACCAGGUUUGGAGAAGGAACACCUAAUCCCGGGUUCGUGGCCAGGAUCACCGGAAAAGGCCUGGAAUAUGCCCGUCAAUAUGGAGAAGCCACCCUGAAGAAUGAGCUGUCCACCACCAAGUUGCCUGAUUUGUCAGGAAGCUACGGAAUUGGUUGGCUUGGAAGUGUGAACUAUGUGUUUAGUGGAAUGAGGAUCCAUCGCUUCUUACUCCAGGACUCUCAGCUGAGUCUACACCCAGGUCAGGGUAUCAAAGCCUCCUUGUCCGAUAACUACGUAUCUGUCGGUGGGAACUGGAAGGUGAAAAAGUCUUUCAUCACCUUACACGGUACAUUUGAUCUGAGUGUGGACGGCAUUUCCAUCUUGGUUUCUCUGAACUUGGGCAAGGACCAGUCUGGGCGACCCACUGUCUCUGUGAUCCACUGCCACAACUCCAUCAGCCAUGUUAGCAUUGAAAUUUCUGGACACAUAAGCUGGAUCCUGAACCUCUUCCAUGAAAGAAUUGAAAACAACAUCAAACCCAUCUUGGAACAAAAGAUCUGCGAAAUGGUCAGGAAGUCAGCAAUCUCCCGCCUGGAGCCCUAUCUCCGCACCCUGCCAGUCACCUUGAUGCUUGACCAGAUUGCCGGCAUUGACUACAGUUUAGUAGGAGCUCCCCAGGUGACCUCCCAAGGCCUGGAUACACCCUUCAAGGGUGAAUUCUUCGGCAGAAACUGGAACACCUCCGUCCCCUUUGAUGCUCCACCCAUCACGCUGCCCCAGAAACAUGACCACAUGAUCUACUUUGCUGUCUCUGAAUAUGCCUUCAACACGGCCAGCAGGGUUUACUACCAGGCCGGGCAGAUGAAAUUCACCAUCCAAAAUAAGCAUAUUCCCUUGGACUUCCCAAUCCAGCUGCAUACCAGCUCAUUCUGGGCCAUUAUUCCUCAGCUGGCCAUGUUGUAUCCUAAUAUGGAACUAGAGCUUGAGACAUCACCUGAAUCAGCUCCAUUCCUGACAUUCACUCCCGGAAAUGUGACGUUCAUGCCAGUGAUGGACAUCCAGGCCUUCGUUCUCCUGCCCAAUUCUGCUGGCCGCAAGUCCCUCUUCCAAAUCAGGGCGAGUACCAACAUCUCCAUCACCAUCAAUGUGAACUCCACGAGGAUCACUGGUUCAUUGACCACAGGGAGUGACCUGAAAUUGGAACUGAAGCACUCCAACAUCGGUUUCUUCAAUGUGAAUUUGAUGGAAUCCAUCUUCAAUUACUAUGCACUCCACACGGUAUACCCCUCUCUCAAUGCAAAGCUUGAGGAGGGCAUCCCACUCCCUCUGCCAAGGGACACCUACCUCAACAGCUUGGAGUUCCAAAUCCACGAGAACUUCUUGUUCUUAGGGGCCAAUGUUGAUUAG